UGACUGUGGUUAAGCAGGUGGUUGGAGAAGUACCCAGUUUAGCUGCAGAGCUAAACUGUGCUUAUGCAGUCAUCCUUUGAGUCUUCCUCUGAAGAACCCAUGUUUUCACAUCUUUCUCUUGAGUGUGUCCUGCUGCUGCUGCUACCAUUGCUUACAAGGUCUUUGGAAGAGGAGAUUGUAGUGGCAUUGGGUCAGAAUGCCCAGCUGCCUUGCACAUACAGCCUGCCUGCCCCUGGGAGUUUCGUGCCUGUGUGCUGGGGCAGGGGAGCCUGCCCUGCAUUCGACUGUUGGAAUUUGAUACUCAGGACUGAUGAAAAGAAUGUGACAUAUAUGGCGUCCAGAAGAUAUACACUAGAGAGAGACUUCCACAAAGGAGAUGUGUCCCUGACCAUAACAAAUGUGACUCUGGAUGACAGUGGAACCUACUGCUGCCGGGUCCAAUUCCCAGGUCCAUUUAAUGAUGGCAAAUUCAACAUAAAGUUGGUUAUCAGGCCAAUCGAGGUCACUCCCGCUCCGACUGCACAGAGAGGCUGGAUUCCAACCCUUCCAAGGACUCUUACCACCGAAGGACGUGGACCAGGUGUGUAUGUGCGUGUGUCAGAGACACAGACCUCGGGGAUGCACCAUGAGAAAAAUCAAACUCAAAUGUUCACACUGGUUAAGGAGUUCCAAGCCUCUGGAGCCACCACCAAACUCGGUGUCUACAUCACAGCCGGAGUCAGCGCUGUUGUGGCCCUCAUGUUUAUUUUUGGUGCUUUAACUCUCCUGUGGUACUUUCACAGGAAAAAGAACUCACAGAAUGCAAGCCUCAUCACUCUGGCCAGCCGUCUUCCCUCGGGACUCACAAACGCAGGGGCAGAAGGGAUUCACUCACAGGAGAACAUCUACACCAUUGAGGAGAAUGUCUACACCACGGAGAAUGUCUACAGCACAGAGAACGUUUACACCAUGGAGGAUGUCUACACCAUGGAGGAAAACGUCUACGAAGUGGAGGAUUCCAGUGACCACUCCUGCUCUGUCAGCAGCAGGCAGCCAGAGUGAUGACCUCUGGCUCUUCCAUGCUGUUGGUUUCAGUCCCAUCACUGUUCACCUUGGUACUGUCCUCUUCAAAACAGAUACGUGACUGGUUUUGCAGGUUCUCCCCACAGCCUCCUAAAAGGAUAUCUCUGUUUUCAGAAGAUAACAAGCUCACAUGGGGAUUCAGCGGUGACCCAUGCUGAAUGUAGGCAUAGGAUAACUUCUGUUUUCCAGCCUCCAUGGCUGCCCAACCCAGAGACUUCUAACUGUGUACCUUAGAGCUCAAAAAUGCUUUUAUACAGAUUAAGAAGCCUUUGUUUCACCAGGGUUUGAACCUAAGGUCCUGCUCUUAAACCCAUUUUAGAAAAUUUUAUUUUGAGACAGAUUGUUGCUAAUUCACUAAAUUGCCCAGGCUGGGCUCAAACUCAUGAUAUUUCUGCCUCAGUCUUCCUGAGUGUUGGUAACAAAGGCAUAUGCCCAGUAUUGGACGAGGAAUUCUUGAUAUGAGGUCUCUGGACCUCCAGAGAAGUCAGGCACAUGUUGCAUCUAUACAGCUGGAAAUAAGGAAAUUUGUGUGUCGAGAUCUAUGCAUGCUUUUCUGGGGGGAGGGUAUAAAAAUCCUAAAGGGACCAGUGAUUUUCAUAAGGUCUCUGAUCCUUAAAGAGUUAAGCAGGACCACAUUAGUACUCUGUGAUCUUAAACUCCCUUCUGAGUCUCAAAGCUCUUGCCUAUUUGAAUGCUGUCUCCCAGUGUGAGCACCUCUGUGUAGCUCUUUCCCACCUCCAUUAAGAAGCAUGUUCAGUCUGUGGUGUGGACAGAGCUCCUGGGGACAGGGAAGUGUCCCUUGUGUUUGGGCUAACUUGUGUUGUCUUCAUGGGGAAGUAACUCCUCUCUUCUCCCCUCCCCCUCUUGUUCUUUUUAUGUUCUCUUCCUCUUUUUAUGUUUUUUCCUUCGUUUUGUGUCAAAGCAGUGUUUUUCACAAAAGACUCAACCAGUCACUGGGUAUACAUUUUUCUGAUGGAAAGCGGGCAGAGGCCCCCAGAUCUCUGUACUGUCAACAUCAUUCCCUAGAAGGAAGAUAGCGGUCCCUAUGUGUAAGUCUCAAGAUGACGGAACUAGGUUUGUGUGCUUUUUGCUCAUCCUCCAGUGCUGGCCUGGUUCUCCCACACAGCAGAAAUAGACUAAUUCGCUUCAGAAUGAAGACUUAAGUAAGCAAGUUACCUUCCCCACAAGACGUUUCCAUGGAAGAGCUCAAGAAGAGCCCAACUCUUCACAAGUGCCCACUUCCACUCUUACUCAGCCACAGUGGUCUUGGUCUCCAACAUCGCUUCCUUCUUGAGGUGCCUGGCAGGCUGGGGCUCUUUUGCCUGCUCCCCGCCUUCUGCGAGCUCCUUAAUAAAUCAGCCCUGUGGCCCUGUCACUGCCUGCACAUGCACCUCUGGAGCAGAGGGCUGCAUUGCUCCAGAGUUGCUCUCCGGAGGCCCCCUGGUCCUUGGGGAUGAGCCUCCUGCUUGUUUCCAGCUCCCUGGCCGUCUGUGUAUGAAUUGCGAUGUGUAGGCUGCACCUAAGUGGGAGGGCACUGGCUUUCUUGAGAAAGCUAUGUAAGGGAGACCAUUUUAUAGUCACCCAUUGGGGACCUGGCCAAGAUCUCUAGCUGCCUGUAUGAGUGGUACAGUGAAAGGGUGAAAUAAGACAGAGACAAUAGGGGAAUAACGGUACAAUUCAAAAAAGCUAAGUGGUGCAGGGCAUGGUGUCAUACACCUGUAAUCCCAGCCCUUGGGAGGCUGAGGCAGGAGAAGUUUGAGGUUAGCCUGGACUGUACAGCUAGCCUGAACUACUGUCAUUGGCAACACCCUAUCUCAAAAACUUGAAAAAAUUAAAUAAAUAGAACUAAGUGGUUUUAUUUACUUUACUUUUUUCCUAAUUUGAAAAAUACUUUUUAAGUGGUUACCAUGUCCUGGGAUCCUUGGUGCUGGGGCCAUGGGUGCCUCCCUGGUUCCGGGGAAUGUCUAGCUGACCUGACUUUGCGGAAUGCAGUUCAUGCCCAUUCAUCCAUUCAGUGAAGAUUCAUUAACCACUUCUUCAUGCCACACACUGUGUCUUAAGACUGCAGCCUCUCAGUGAAUGAAAGUUAAGACUCCUUGCUCUUGCUAUCUUAAAUCAAAAGACAAAAGUUACAGAAUUGUAUAUAUAACCAGAGAGGGAUUUUUACUUUAAAAAUGUGGAAUGGAUGGGCAUAGUGAUGCACACCUAUAAUCCUCGCACUCAGGAGGCUGAGGCAAGAGGAUCUCUACAAAUUUCAAGCCAGCUGGGCAACAUAGUGAGUUCAGUCCAGCCUGAGCUCUACAGCAUGACUGUCUCAGAAACACAAAAUGAAACCAAACCAAACCAAAAACACCCCAAAAUAACAUGGCUCCAGCAUGGAGACAAAAGUUUGAGGUAGACCUUCCCUUUCUUCCUUUAGCAUGUUUCUGUGAGUUUGCACUAUUUUUUCCAUUUCGUUUUGUAAUAAACAUUUAAAUUUAAGCAUGA